ACAAGAGGACUUCCGAAACUUUUUUAUUUACUUCCGCCUUCUGCGAAACCAAAAAAUGGCACAGAAUGUCCAGGUGUGUGAUAUAGAUCCUGAAGUUACUUCCAGAUUGAAAAAAUUUCGAUUUAGAAAAGAGAAAAAUAUAGCAGCACUUUUGUUGAAAAUAGAUAAAGAAAAAGGAGUAGUGUUAGAAGAAGAAUAUGAGGAUUGCACAAUAGAGGAAUUACAAGCAGAGCUUCCAGAAUGUCAGCCUCGCUAUUUAGUGGUCAGUUAUGUAAGACAACACAGUGAUGGUAGAGUUUCUUAUCCUCUAUGUUUUAUAUUCAGUAGUCCAGCAGGAUGUAAACCAGAACAACAAAUGAUGUACUCAGGAUCCUUACAUGCUCUUAUACAACAGACUGGUCUUACUAAGACAUAUGAUAUAAGAAGUGUAGAAGAAUUAACAGAAGAAUGGCUUCUGGAUCAGCUUGCAAAAGUUUAGAAGAACAAUAAUGCAAUUUAUUUUCUAGUAUUUAUAAUAUUCCCACCAGUCGGUUGCUCAAAUUUAAUUGUAAAUUUUUGCAAAUGUUUUAUGUUAAUGUCUCUCGAGUUGAACAUUUGUUUUCAUACACUGUGCUAUGUAUCCUUGUCAUGGUUUUAUAAUCUAAUUAUUACUGUCUGAAGGUUUAAUUUGAAACAGUUUUGGCAGCAAUUUUGGGGCUUUCAUUGCUUAAUCACUCAAUAUGAAAAAAAAUCUUUAAAAGUUUGAUCAAUAGCUUAAGAAUUUUCCAUUUCAAUUUGUUUUAAUUUGUAUAUAACUGCUUAUAAAAAAUUUAGAUUGUGCAAACCAAAACAACAAACGUAUCAUAUGCAUUGUAAAACUGAAGCAAAAAUUGUAUUUAUAUUUUAAAAAGGCUGGUUUCAAUGAUGGCUGUAUACAGGUUAUGACUAAAAAAUGCCAACUUUAAAAAAUAUCAGUUUAACAGUUUGAAGAGAAGAUAUAGCAUUCAAAGACAUACUGAAACUAAAAAGAUGCAAUAGGUUAUCUCUAUCUAGUUAUUUAAAAAAGAUUUUUCAUUUAACCAAAAACAUAUAUAUAUUUCAGGAUUAUAAACCAGUAUUACAUGCUUGUAUAUAUAUAGUUUUAGCAUAUAUUAUGAAGUAAUUAUUGAGUUCAGCAUAAUUUUAGUCUAUAAUUAGUAUGAAAUUUGAUGAAUAGUUAUGAAUUGUUUUUAUAACUUAUGAAGAAUACUGUAGUCAUUCUUUGUGUUCUGAGAUUUGAUUGGCUAUUAAUAAUAGAUGUAAUUGCUUAAAUCACUAUUGCAUAGGCUAUACUUAACAUGUAUUUGUUUCUAAAGUGUUAUAAAAUCUGAUAUCUUUGUUUAUUUAUUUCAAAUUUUAUCAGUUGCAACAAAAUGAUCAUGUAUUAGUGUAUAUGGUUAUGUAUUUUAGUCUUCCUUACAUUUGGCAAUAUUUUGAAAAACAGCUUAAUGCUGCUAAUACAUGAAUUCAACUAGCACUUUCUUUGUGUUUAUAAAACAUUUAUUUGUAGUUUUCACUUUAUUUGUCAUUCAUGAAUGCAAAUAAAUAUUUUAUAAACUUAAACAAUGUAAUCUAUGCAUCAUAUUUACAGGGGGACCACAAAGAAGUUACGUUGAUAAUCUUUCCUAGUUGUUAAUCUUUUUUUAACAACUUUUGUCACAAACAUGCAUUUAUUUAAUAUUGUCGUAUUUGUUAAAUCUUUGAAGAUUAAUUGUUACUUUUGUAAUUUCAUCAUCAUAUCUUUAUCGGAUAUUCUAAAUUUGUAUCUGGUUCUAGCAGUCAUUCCUGUUAUUUUGUAAUUCAUUUUGGAUUUUACAUUCCAUUGAAUUGAAAUGUUGUUUACAUUUGUUUGUUUGUUUGUUAAUUCUAUAGAUAUUUUGUUUAAAUUGUAAAAUAAAUUACAGUAUGAGAUAAAUUGUUUAUUUUCCAUAAUAUGCUUGCAUUAAAAGAUACGAAAUGGUCUCCCUUGUUAAAACCCCAAUAAGUAGUUAAAGAGGAGAUAACUACGAAUAUGUAAAAUUACCUAGUUAUAUGUAUUUUAUCUUUUUUUUUAAAGAAAUAUUCUAUGUUUAAAUGUCUGCAACGUCAUAUGAAAUGAAAAUAAAUUCAACAAAAUAUUUUUCUAAAAAUACUCUAUAACCAAUCUGCUGUACAAGACUGUUGAUCGGUUUGGUAAAGAAAAUUAAAAAUAUUUCUAAAUCAGAACUGGUUGGUGUACAAUGGUUUUUAAAACACUAUACAUUCUGUUAUAUAUUUUGUGCAAAUAUCAGUACUUUUGAUUGUAUAAUUGUUUUUAGGCACUAAGAGUUCUGUAGUAUAUUUGGUGCAAUACAUGAACAAGUUACAUAAUAUUUUGUGUACAUUUAAAGUUCAUGUAUCUGCUACAUGUUAUCUUCUUUUUUUAAAAUCUGUUGAAAUGAUUUUUUUCCAAGAAAUUACUGUUUAAAGCAUAUAGUUUACUGUUGCUGUAUAGGUAAAUUAGAUUGCAUGUUUUGGUUUAUAGUAUAAAAAAAACUCAUUACUUACAUAAAAAUCGUAUUUAUAUAGUUUCUGUUACUUGUGACCGUCUUUAGACAAAGUAGUUACAAAUGUAUGUAGUAUCAGUGCCAAGUAAGAUGUACUUUGUCUUUAUACUAUCUUUAUGACAAGUAUGUUACUUACCUAUUUAAAUAAAGUUACAAAUAAAU